AUGUGUAUAGGAGACAAGACCCUCCCUCCCAAACUCUUUGCAGGCAAUUCUGCAUUCGCCCUGGCUACUAUAAAGGAACGAAUGCCAGUGAUCCUCGUGCGGACCCUGGAUGAUCUCAGCAAAAAUCUUACGAAAUACGGCAGUCAGGAGAAGAACUUCGAGGAUGCGAAGUUAGUUAUCCACCACCUUUCAAAGCUUCGCUACGAACUAGUGACUGACAAGCCAUUCGCCACGCUUUUCGACGAACCGACCUCUGAUGUUGACCAGUGGAAUUCUGAAAUUGCCCACCUUGAAGAGGGUCGAAAUUCCGCGUUCUCGGCAUCCUGGCUUUUUGCUGAGUGCUACAUGUACAGGAGAAUUAUGAAUAUAGUUUCACAAAGCUUGCCAUCAUUCGACCCAUUCGCAGAGCGCAAGCUAGAAGGUUUUCAAAACAGUCGGACACUCAUCGCUUCUAUGAUUACCUGUCUUGAUGAAACGCUUGAACAAACAGAAGCAGAGGAACAAGCGGACCGUCUUAAAUCCUACCUGGCGUGUUCUCUCUGGUCGAACGAAUUCGAUUUAUCACUGAGCGCUGGCAAUACCGGAGUUGAGAACGCACACGGUGGUGCCAACCAACUGCGGCAGGAAGUACAGCUCAGACUUCAAAAAAAUAUGGCUGUUGACCAACUAGAUGAUAUUGUACGGUCCUGGCUCUCCCGAAAACCUGCCACCGUUGCCUUGGUGAUGGAUAACACCGGACCGGAAAUGAUAGCAGACCUGAUUCUGGCGGAGUACCUCUUGUCUUCUCACUUGGCUGAGCGUGUCGUCUUCUACCCC